GGUGUGUGAGGGUGAGCACCCCUGUGAGGACAGGACAGCUUUCCCAAUCGCUCCUUCGUCCAAAAUGCGGAGCCUGAAAUACCAAACCCAGGCUUGGCAGCAUCAUUACCCACUGAACCGUGGGCAGAAACUGCCAAGUCUAAGAGGAGAGGAGGCUCCUCGUGUUUAGUUUUCAGCAACUACUUUGAGGAGGUGACAAUUCAUUAACAGGAACAGUGGUGUAGAUGGGAACCAGCAGUCCUGUCCCCUGGUUAAUGAGAAAUGAACGGGUUUUCACAGAGUAGAGGUCACGGGUGUCCUCUUGAUUAGAGUAGGAGCAAUAUGCUCAAGACUUCAGACAAAAGAACAUGAGAUGAGACAGUCAGAAUGUUGCUGGCUCAUUGUGGUAGGCUUCCCAUUUUUCUGUCCCUGUGGAAAAGGAAGAUCCCUGGCUGAACAACAACAACAUCCUGUGGGUUUUAGGAACCUAUGGAGUUCGAAGAUGUGUCACUUACAUUUACCGAGGAAGAGUGGGCACAGCUGGACCACGAACAGAAAUGCCUCUACAAGGAAAUCAUGCUGGAGAACUACAAUAACGUGAUUUCAGUAGAACAUCACUUUUCCAAGCCAAAUGUGAUAUCUCAGUUAGAAGAAGUAGAAGACUUCUGGCCAGUGGAGAGAGAAAGUCCUCAAGAGACCUUUCCAGGAUCUUCUGAGCCUUCUCUAGAUGAUGGAAUAAAAUCCUCUCCUGAUGAGAAUCCCUUGAUGAAGAUCAAGGUUGUUGAGGUCCUUACACUGAACAAGGAUGUGGCUGGUCCCCGGAAUGCUCUUAUUCAAUCCCUCUAUAGUGAAAGUGGAGAAGACCUGAGCCCUGAUGACCUCAAGUCAGUUCAACAACCAGGCACGCAUUUGACUGACAGUGAAGUCGCUCACCAGAAGUUCCGCCAUUUCCAGUAUGAAGAGUCAGAUGAUCCCCAGCAAGCAGUGUCUCAGCUUCGGGAGCUGUGUCACCGGUGGCUGCAGCCCAAUAUACAUUCAAAGAACUGGAUCCUGGAGUUGCUGGUGCUUGAGCAGUUCCUGAGUGCGCUGCCUGAGAAGUUGCGGGUGUGGGUAGAAUCACACCACCCAGAGGACUGCCAGGCAGCCGUGGCCCUGGUGGAGAAUGUAACCUCGGUGUCUAAGGAAGGUGCUCUGCCUGCUUGCCAUAAGGAGGCCACUGAUCGACUGAAAGAGAAAAACAAGGACAUGGCCACCUUACCAGUUACUGUACCACCUGAGGAGCCAGUGACCUUCCAGGAUGUGGCUGUGGACUUCAGUCAGGAUGAGUGGCAGCUACUAGGUCGGAUGCAGAAGACUGAGUAUCGUGAUGUGAUGCUGGAGACCUUGGGCAACUUGGUCUCUGUGGGGUGGAAGCCUACAUCGGGAAAACAAGAGUUAACUCAGGAAUCUUCCAGUUCUGUGCUAGAACCAAUUUGCGUCCCAAAAUCAAAACAUUUCUCAAGGAAUGAUACCAAAUUUACUGUCUCUGAAUGUAUCUCAGAAGAUGAGGUCCAAGGAAUCCAUACCAUAAAAUCAAGUCAGGUGGAAACUGUACAGGAAACAGGCCUCCUUCACGACCUCUCUGAAAGCUCCACAUCUCAGGGGCAAAGUAAGCUGCGCACAAGCCAGCGCUCAGUUGAUGCAGUUCUUUUUAGAAAGCACUUGAAUGUGAAAAUUAACCAGAAGGGCUUUGGAAAGAGGAAAGCCAAGGAAAAAAACACUUCCAUUCCACGAGACUCACCCAUAAGAAAUAAGCAGAAGGACUAUGACGGGUGGCAAAUCAGAGAUGACAGCAAUUCCAGGGUACAUGGUUCUAUACAAAACCACGAACAGGGUUCUGAGCAGAGUGAAGCUAGGGACAGCAAAGAUGCCAUUAUACUUCUAGAACCUGCAAAAAUUAACCAAAAAGCCACUGGCUCUGAAAGGGGUAAAGUCAGGGACAAUAACAAUGUCACGACACUGGAUGCAAAUGUAAAGAUUCACAAGAAAGUUCCUAGAAGGGAUAAAAGUGGGGAAAGCAGCAAUGCCCUGGCACAAGGUUCAUCUAUACCGAAUCACCUGAUGGGGGCUGAGGUAGGAAGAUCCAGGGACAGGAACUGUUCCUUGACACAGGCUUCACCUGUAAGAAUUCUCCAGAAAGGCUGUGUGGGUGGUAAAGUCCAGGGAAGGAGGAAUUCCUUGAAACAUGGAAGAGCUAACCAGAAGGGUUCUAACUCUAGUGGGAGAGUUGAGGAAAUUAGUACUUCCUUAAAGCACACUCCCUAUAUAAAAAUUCGCCCAAAGGCCUCGGAAAGAGGGAAAGGCAGUGAAAUGAACACUUCCAUUAAAUACAGUCCCCACAGGGGUCCCGAAGGGGCCACUGCAAGGAAAGCCAACAAUUGCAACAAAGCCACCAGCCAGCAAUCUCGGCAGAUAUUUUUUAUAAAAAUUCACAAGGGGAGCCAAGUUUGCCGCUGCAGUGAAUGUGGUAAACUGUUCCAGAAUGCUAGGUAUUUCUCGGUCCAUAAAAAGAUCCACACGGGAGAGAAGCCUUACAUGUGUACCGUCUGCGGUAAAGCUUUUGUUCAGAGCUCCUCCCUCACCCAGCAUUAUAGAAUUCACAGUGGAGAGAGACCAUUUGAGUGUUCAGAGUGUGGGAGGGCCUUCAAUGACCGUUCAGCCAUCGCUCAGCACCUGAGAACUCAUACUGGGGCUAGACCCUACCAUUGCCAGAACUGUGGGAAAGCCUUCCGCCAGAGCUCACACCUCACCAGGCAUCAGAGAACUCACACAGGGGAGCGCCCGUAUGUGUGCACCAAGUGUGGGAAGGCUUUCACCCAGAGUUCACACCUUGUUGGGCAUCAGAAAACACACAGGAUAAACUUCAAGAAGCAGACCAAAUCGCAGUCCUAGUGCCUUUCAAACCACUGCCUUUUCAGCUUUGGGAUGCACUCUACAGACUAAGUAAGGACAUCCCACACCUGAAGGACAGCUCAGGACACUGCCCAGCAAGCAGGAGUGAAACUGUCAGGGAGUUUUGGUUUUUUGUUUUUGUUUUUGUUUUUGUUUUUGUUUUGCUUUUUCGAGACAGGGUUUCUCUGUGGCUUUGGAGGCUGUCCUGCUCUUGUAGACCAGGUUGGUCUGGAAUUCACAGAGAUGUGGCUGCCUCUGCCUCCCGAGUGCUAGGUUUAAAGGCAUGUGCCACCAACGCCCGGCCAGGGAGUUCUUAAUUAGUUCAUUUAGUCACUAAAAUACAAAAGCUGAAAGUGGUCCUAAGUUUAAAAAGACAAUUACCAAAAACUGCACUGAUAAUUAUACACAGGGUCGUGUGUGUCAAAAUCCAAAAGAAUGUGUAGAUUAUUAAAUAAACUAAUUGGUUUGAAAUGUG